GGUGCCAAUAGACGGUAUACGACGGUGUUUGCGCAACGUUGUUCUGAUGGUGGUAUCACGUUGAUAACGACGGCGGUGGAGAGAUAAACGCGACGUGUUAAAAAACGAAAUUUCGUAUGCACGAAAUAGGAGAACAAUAACAACGAUUGGAAACCAAGCCUUUCCUCGAGUAAUUUUUGUCUUGUCCACGGACAUAAUUUGCUGAUACGAGAUUUCUUGACUACAGACUCGACGUAUUAUUUUUAAGAAAUCAAUUUCGAUUGGAGAGUAGGUACCAUUCUGCUGCAUAAUAAAAUAUAUCUCUAAGACUGGUUUUCAUUUUCGUCUCUUCUAUUAUAAUAUUGUUUAUAUCAGUCAGUCGAUAUUUUCUGGUUUUCUCGUUUCUACUCAGUGACAAUGCUUUAUUCAAAAUCUAGUGUUCGUUGCGCACACCGAUAGGUGUCCAUAGACUUUCAGCAGUAAUAAUAAAAGCUCGUAUCUGUGCUAUCUGAUGUGAACGAAAGGAUGAACGUCGGUAGGACCAAUCCCCAUGGCAACGGACUGUUAUUCGCUGGCUUCAAUCAAGACCAAGGAUGUUUUGCUUGUGGAAUGGAUAAAGGUUUUAGAGUUUAUAACUGUGACCCCUUGAAAGAAAAAGUGCGUCAAGAUUUUCCUGAUGGUGGCCUUGCCUUUGUAGAGAUGUUAUUUAGGUGUAACUAUUUGGCAAUGGUUGGUGGAGGUAUAUCACCAAAAUAUCCUACAAACAGAGUUGUUAUCUGGGAUGAUCUGAAAAAAGAUUCUGUAAUUACGUUGGAGUUCAACACACACGUGCUAUGCGUCCGGCUAAGAAGAGAUCGAAUAGUUGUUGUGCUUGAAGGAGUCAUUAAAGUAUACACAUUCACACAAACUCCACAGCAGUUACAUGUAUUUGAAACACAUGCAAAUCCAAAAGGUUUGUGUAUGUUGUGCCCAAAUAGCAAUAAUUCUUUAUUAGCAUUUCCUGGACGAAAGACAGGGCAUGUUCAACUAGUAGAUCUGGCGGACACAGAUAAACCACCUUUAGACAUAGCUGCACACGAAACACUUUUAGGAUGUAUAGCUCUUAAUUUACAGGGUACAAGAUUAGCUACUGCAUCUGAAAGAGGAACUUUAAUAAGAGUGUUUGAUACAAAAUCCGGAAUCAUGUUAUAUGAAUUUCGAAGAGGUACCAAUACUGCUCAAAUUUAUUGCAUUAACUUCAAUGCAGAUUCAACUAUGAUGUGUGUGGCUAGCGAUCACGGAACCAUUCAUAUAUUUGCAUUAGAAGACCAAAGUUUAAAUAAACAAUCUAGUUUAGCAUCCAAUUUCCUACCAAAAUACUUCAGUUCCAGUUGGAGCUUUUGUAAGUUUCAAGUACCUAAUGGACCACAGUGUGUUUGCGCAUUUGGAUCAGAAAACAAUUGUAUCAUAGUUAUUUGUGCUGACGGAAACUACUACAAGUUUGUGUUCAAUCAAAAAGGUGAAUGUUGGAGAGAUAUUUGUGCUCAAUUUCUAGAAAUAACAAAUGAUAAUAACCUUAUUAGUUGAUGUUAUAUUUUAUUAUUGUCUAUAACUAUUCAUUUGUUGUUAGGUAUCAUAUUCCAUAUCGUUUUAUUAA